AUGGAAUUCUACACAGACAAUGAUCCAGUCAUUUGCCGAGCUUUUUCGUUAUCCCUGAAAGAUGAGGCACUAGAGUGGUAUCACACCCUCCCUCAAAAUUCAGUGGAUUGCUUCGCUACCGUGGAAACUCUUUUUCGAAAACAGUAUGCUACCAACAGAAGGCCGGAGAUGACUCCGGCUGAGCUCGUAAACAUUAAACAGGAGAAGGAUGAAACCUUGAAAGCUUUCAUGCAGAGAUACAAUGAGACAGCCAAACGCGUAAAAGACGUGAAUCACACGUUUAUAAUAAACAAUCUACCUUUGUGUUUAAGGCCAGGGUAUUUCGCUGAACAGUUGUAUGCAGAUCCCCCAAAGUCUAUGGAAGAACUCCAGGCAACGAUUGCGAAAUUCAUACGCAUUGAGGACCUCAGAAACUCCAGAAAAGGCAACAACAAGAAAAUCCUAAUAGUGGAGUCGGGGUGGACACCCAAAUACGAUCGUUAUACUUCCCUCAACGCGCCCAUAGCAAAGGUACUCGAAGAGGCGCUACACGCAGAACUCCUCAUCGUUCGGCGGAAGGCCACUCCAAAGAAUGCUGAUGGAAGUAAAGCAUGUCGUCUUCAUCUAAACCUUGGCCAUGACACCGAAGAGUGUAACAUAGUAAAAGAUGAGAUAGAAAGACUCAUCCGUGCAGGGUACCUCAAAAAGUACAUAAAGGAGAGAACAUCCACCAGGGCAGCAACCCCCAACAGGAAGGAAACCUCGCGGAGAAGUCCCGAACGAUCGCCUCACAGGGACGACCGACGAAGACGACGAUCCCAGAGCCAACCCCGACACCCAGAAAGAGAGAGGUCGGUCCGAGGACGAAUCGACACCAUAUCCGGAGGCUUCGCAAGAGGAGGAGCAUCAGCCUCCGCCCGGAAAAGACACUUAAGAAAUUUAAAAGCGGUGCACAUGGUAGAUCGACAACCUCGAUCCAUGCCCAAAAUCACUUUUAUAGAUGCAAAAUUCCACGCUCCUGACCCUGAUCACGAUGACCCAUGGUCAUCACCGCUGAGAUAG